GGCGGAGGCGGGGCAGCGGUCGGUUGCUAAGACUUGUGAGGCGCAGUCCUCGCGUGCGGCUCUUCAGGUGGCUGUAGGCUUCGGCCCCGCCAGUUGUCACAGCAGAAAUGUCUGAAAAGGAGAAUAAUUUCCCGCCGCUGCCCAGGUUCAUCCCUCUGAAGCCCUGCUUCUACCAGAACUUCUCCGACGAGAUACCCAUCGAGCACCAGCUCCUGGUGAAGAAGAUAUACCAGCUGUGGCUGUUCUACUGUGCCACCUUGGGGGUCAACCUCAUCGCCUGCCUGGCCUGGUGGAUCGGUGGCGGCUCGGGAGCCAACUUCGGCCUGGCCCUGGUCUGGCUACUGCUCUUCUCCCCCUGCGGCUACGUGUGCUGGUUCCGGCCUGCGUACAAGGCCUUUCGGGCCGACAGCUCCUUCAACUUCAUGGCGUUCUUCUUCGUCUUCGGAGCCCAGUUCGUCCUGACCGUUAUCCAGGCGAUCGGCCUCUCAGGAUGGGGCGCGUGUGGUUGGCUGGCGGCAGUCGGGUUCUUCCAGACCAAUGUCGGGGCCGCCGUGGUCAUGCUGCUUCCGGCCAUCAUGUUCUCCAUGUCAGCUGCCAUGAUGGCCAUCGCGAUCAUAAAAGUGCACAGGAUCUACCGGGGGGCCGGUGGAAGUUUCCAGAAGGCACAGACAGAGUGGAAUGCGGGCACCUGGCGGAACCCGCCGUCUCGGGAGGCUCAGUACAACAACUUCUCGGGGAAUAGUCUGCCCGAGUACCCCACCGUGCCCAGCUACCCGGCUGCUGGCAGCCAGUGGCCUUAGAGGGGCCGACCAGCCCUGCUGCCCGCCCCCGCCGCCCACCUCCCCCGCCCCCGGCCAGAGCGUGGGGCCCACUCGUGUUCAUCUCACCCUCAGGCGUGGAGGUCCAGCCUCUGCUGCCCAGCAGGAGGACGCCUCCCUGGCUGCGAGUCCUGUCUGGUUACCGAAACGCCCAUGCCCCCUCCUGUCGAGGUCUCAGAGGGCCGACCACGGGCCUCCCCACGGACAAGGCAGCAGCAGGCCGCCCACCCGCCCUUCCUGCAGAGCUGACGUCCCCGUGUCCGCCCGCUCUCCCUCUGCCUUCUCACCUGGUUCCUGACGGGCUUGGCGUGUGGCCGAGUCACCCAUGUCCUCGUCCUUCUAAGUCUCUGUUCACCUGCGGCCAGAGGGCUCUUGUGGACCAGCCUCCGGGGUAGUCCAGGGGCUCGUUAGCUGGGCUUCCCUGUCCGCCUGCCCCAUGCGCUCCGUGCUGGGGCCAUUGGCCAGCCGGGCUCCAGCCUUCCUGCCCGCAGUGGCUCUCCUCCUGGGGACUUGCAGCAGACCUCUGUCGAGAUCCGAAACCGGGGGCGGAAUCCUUCUGGGGGAGGAUGGGGGGCCAUGGGCCUCUCCCCUCCGUGUACAAGCCGAGGAAAGCAGCAGCGCCCGGCAGAGGGCGGGUGGCCCGCACGCUCACCGCCUGCCCCCGGCCGCUCGGAGCCUGUGGCCUCACAGCCCUGUGCUCGAGCUGCAGGAAGCGGGGGAUGGCGUUUCUCAGGAGAACGGCUUUUCGGAAGGAAAGAAGACAGGACGAACCUGUGCCUUAGUGAGGAACCGGAACAAGACUCCACUUUUCUCCCCUCCGAUUGUUCUAGCUCCUCCUGGGACGGAGCAGCCGAAUGUCCCACGGGGAUCUCCGCAGCACCCUUGUGAACAGAUGGUCCAAAGGAGUAGCGGCCUCUUCGCCCUUGCUGGCCAGGCUUCCCGGGCGCCCCGAGUGCCGCCCCUCUCCUCCCAGCUGGCUGCCUCGGGGUAGGACGGGGACCCUCUCCGUCCCACACUGCCGCACCGGGUCGCCGGCCUCUCCAGAAGCCCCAGGACGGCCAGCCUUGUUCUCCACACACGCUUGCUUGCUUUGGCUACUCGUGCUGAACACCACGUGGUGUCCAAAGGUGGCCGCGGUCCCUGAGAAAGCGCCCGGGUCUGGGUGCCCGAAGGUCAAGGCCUCCUGCGUGGAAAACCCAAGCCUUGGGUCUCCCGGGGGUCCCUUAACUAAGUCCCCGGUUCAGCCUCCGUGAGAGGCACGCAUUGCACUAACCGUGGGGCCGAGUCCCUCCCGAUGGCCGGCUCGCCAGGCGGUAGCCCGUCCUGGAGGACCGUGCAUGCGCACGUGUGGAUUCGCCCCUGCACGGCCCGUGCCCCUGCGGCGCUGGGCACCUUUGUUACGUCGCGGUGGGUUUUGUUACGGGGGAGGAUCCUGGAAAUAAAUACUGUAGUCCUGCCUGCAUCGCAGAGCCUCUGCGGGGCCGUUUGUGGCUGGCGCGGCGUUGCCCUACCCGGCGCACGGCCCCGGUGGCCUGUCGCCUGCGCCCUGCCCCGCACAGGCACCCCCUCAGCCCUGCCCAUCGACCUCCACGGUGUGCUUCCCUCCUGUCCUCCUUUUCAAUCAACUUGGUUUUAUACGCUUA